UGAGCCGCUGAUUGGUUGAGCCCCGGGGAUCAGAAUUGACGUCAUUUUCAACAUGGCCGCCCCCUUGGAUGACAUGUUUUCUCGGUGUGUGGAUCCCGGUAAAACCAGUAACUGUGUGGAAGUCCGAUUUAUCGAUAAUGUCAAGGGCAAAGGAUUGUUUGCCAAGAAACCUUUCAAGAAAGGUGAUACCAUCUUUAUUGAGCAGCCUCUUGUCUGCGCUCAGUUCCUGUGGAAUGCUUUAUACAAAUAUAGAGCGUGUGACUACUGUCUGCGCGCUCUAGAAACAGCAGAGCAAAAUGCUCGGAGACUCAGCGGUCUGCCUGGCCUCAGCCUGCCUCAUCCUGAGCUGUGUAAGGUUCGGCCAGAGCUACAUCAGGCUUGCCCACACUGCCAGGUGAUGUACUGUAGCAGCGAGUGUAGGCAGGCUGCCUGGGAGCAGUAUCACCAGGUCCUGUGUCUGGGCCCGUCCCGUGAGGACCCUGAUCAUCCGAUCAACAAGCUGCAGGACGCAUGGAGGAACGCACACUAUCCCCCAGAAACCUCCAGCAUCAUGCUAAUGGCAAGGAUGGUGGCAGUUGUCAAGCAGGCUCAGGACAAAGGGCGCUGGCAGAGGCUUUUCUCCCACUUUUGCAGCCGUGCGGCCAAUGAGCAGGAGGAGAUAGCACAUAAGUUGCUAGGAGAGAAGUUCCAGGGACAACUUGCUUUGCUGCGUAACCUUUUGACCACGGCACUCUAUGAUGAUCACCUCAGCCAAUGGUUCACUCCAGAGGGAUUUCGCUCUCUCUUUGCUCUUGUCGGGACCAAUGGGCAGGGUAUUGGUACUAGUUCCCUGAGCCAGUGGGUCCAUGCGUGUGAUGCACUGGAGCUUCCCCACCAACAGAGGGAGCAGCUGGAUGCCUUUAUUGACCAGUUAUACAAGGACAUUGAUAAAGAAACGGGUGAUUUCCUCAACUGUGAAGGCUCCGGUCUCUACCUUCUACAAAGUUCAUGUAACCACAGCUGUGUGCCCAACGCGGAAGCAUCCUUCCCUGACAACAACUUCCUGCUUCACCUCAGCGCCCUGAGCGACAUCCGCCCUGGAGAGGAAAUCUGCAUCAGCUACUUGGACUGUUGCCAGCGAGACAGGAGUCGUCAUAGCCGGCACAAGAUCCUGAGAGAGAACUACCUGUUCGUGUGCUCGUGCCAGAAGUGCAUGUCCCAAAUGGAUGAUGCAGAUGUGACAUCAGAGGACGAGGAUGAAGGAGAGGGAGAGACGGAGGGGGAUGACAUGGAGGACGAAAUGACGGACGUGUGAUGAAGAUUAAGUUUCAACCACCUACAUAUCUUUCUGUGGACGUUUACACUGGGUAGCAUCACCUUAGAGAAAGCACUCAUUUCACCCAAGAGAACCUGCCUCGAUGUUCAUACGGCAGAAGGCUAACACCCCAGGCUAUGCAAAGUA